UCGCGAAACGGAGCGAGGCGUUCGCGCUGGUGAUUUCGAUGCGCGGUGCAGAAAUCAGCGGAAGACCGGGAGAACCGUGAGGAUACCGCACACACACACGGGUCGUGCGCGCGCGCGCGCGCGUCGUCGUCGGGUCACCGCCGAGUGCGCUCUCGAGGCUCGGAUCGCAACGGAUUGCCUCCUUUUCCUGCCGUGGGCCAGCUGGCGAUUCUGCGAGGAAUCCGGACGAGUCGGUCUGCGCUGAAAGACAGACGGAGCGAGAGACAUGCCCGGCAGCCACGACGGAAGCAGCCACCGGGACCGCUCGCGGACGACGCCGAGGCGAGGAUUAUGAGGACGUCGCACGCAUCGAGAGCGAAACGCUGCGCCGAGCGAGACUGUAGCGAGCGGUGAUCGGGAGCGGAGCCGGAGGAAGAUCCGGUGCGGCGAAGAACGACGACACACGCACGCACACACACACAUACACACACACGGCUAGGCCAGGCGGCGAAACACCAUGUACCGGCCGAACUUCUACGAGAGCACGUGUCUGAGGUGCGCUCAGACCGUCUACCAGGUCGACAGGGUGGGCCCCUUGAAGGACUUCACGUUCUUCCACGCGGGCUGCUUCAAGUGCGCGAUCUGCGGCACCAAACUCACCCUGAAGACCUACUACAACAAUCAGCACACCAUCAACGACAAAGAGGUGUACUGCAGCAGCCACGUGCCGAAACCCGGGCCCGGGACCUUGGACGGGUCCAGCGUGGGCAUCAGGAGUGCUCUCAAUGUGCCCAGGAGCGGUUACGUCAACGAGCAAAUCAGGGCGGGCGGCGCGUCGCCACGUGGAGUCUACCCACCUUGUUACGAUAAUGUAGACUCGCCUAAUUAUGCCAGGCACCUGAACGGCCACGGGUCGCCGCCGGCAACGAACUCUUCGUCCCAGCGUGAUUUCCACGGCGGCGGCGGCGGCGGCGGGGGCAGCGGCGGCGGCACUUCGUCGCCGUACAAUCACAAUUAUUCAGGCGACGGCAGCUAUCAGUACGGCAGGUUCGACGCGAGCGCCCUUCACAUCGCCCAUGCGCUCAAGCAGACCGAAAUCCAGAAGGGCUACAGCAAGGCUCGCGAGAAACCCAUCGAUUUCUAUCUGGAUCGCGAUGAGCAGACGCGUCUCGAGAUGAAGCAUCGGAAGGAGGAGGAUGACUUGUACCGGAAGUUUGCUCACCACCGCGAGGAAGAGGACAGACGGAUCCGCGAGGAGUUUCGGGACGAAUGGGAGAAGGAGCUGGAGCAAUUGUCGGCGAGAUGGGAACGGGAAAAAGGCGGAAGAGUGCGUACCCAACAAUUUCAGCAGGAGAAGGAGGACCUGGAGAAGAACAUGACUCUACGCAGGGACAAGAAGAAGGAGAGUCUCACGCGCAAGAUGCUGGAACACGAACGGGCGGCAACCGCCGCGCUGGUGGAGAAACAGAGCUCGGAGAUGCUGGAGCUGAUCAAUGAGGCGAGGAGCGAAUACAUGCUCCAAGAGAGUUUAUACCUCGACGAAGGAGACGGUUAUGCUCAGGAAGCACCGCCCCCGCCUUAUCCAUCGCGCGCGCCACCCCCGCAGCCCCCGGCCCUCGCCAAGUAUCACAUCUACAAUGAUCCGUUGGAGUUCGCCGACAUGGAUCAGAUAGCUAUUUCGGUAGCCCAGGAAGAUCAAAAAACCUUCACUGAUUUAGUGCGGCAGUUGGUGAGCAGAUGCGGCUCGGAUAUAGAAAAGGCGCGGACGAUAUUCCGAUGGAUCACCGUGAAAAAUCUCAACACUAUGCAGUUCGACGAGAACUUACGGGGUGACACUCCCAUGGGUCUGUUGCGGGGCAUUAAACACGGCACGGAGAGUUACCACGUUCUGUUCAAACGAUUGUGCAGUUACGCCGGCCUGCACUGCGUGGUCAUCAAGGGUUACAGCAAAUCGGCCGGCUACCAGCCGGGUGUUUGCUUCGAGGACAACCGAUUCCGGAACAGUUGGAACGCCGUGUACGUGGCAGGUGCAUGGCGAUUCGUGCAGUGUAAUUGGGGAGCGCGACAUCUCGUCAAUGCCAAAGAAGUUCCCCGUCCCGGUCAGGCGAAAGCCAAGAACGACAGUCUCAGGUACGAGUACGACGAUCAUUAUUUCCUGACGGAUCCACGGGAAUUCAUAUACGAAUUUUUCCCUCUGCAAGAGGACUGGCAGUUGCUGAAGCAACCGAUUUCGCUCAAGGACUUUGAGGAGUUACCCUUCGUGCGAUCUUUGUUCUUCAGGUACGGUCUUUACUUUCCGGAUACGAAUACGAAUGCCGUUAUGUACACGGAUUCCACCGGCGCUGCGACAGUGAGGAUAGCGAUGCCUGCGCAUAUGCAAUCAUCCCUUAUCUUUCAUUAUAAUCUCAAGUUUUACGACAACGACGGCGAUGGUUACGACGGCGUGUCGCUCAAGCGUUUUGUCAUGCAGUCGGUCGUGGGAAACAUAGUCGCGUUCCGAGUCCACGCGCCGUGCUCGGGCGCCUUCCUCUUGGACAUAUUUGCCAAUGCGGUGACGCCGAAGGAGUACUUGACCGGCGAGCCGAUGAAGUUCAAGAGCGUGUGCAAAUUCAAAAUCGCGUGCGAAGAGCUGCAGACGGUGAUGGUGCCAUUGCCGGACUGCGCCAGCGGUGAAUGGGGCCCCACCAAGGCGACCAGGUUAUUCGGACUUAUACCCAUUACUCAUCAGGAGGCACUGGUGUUCGCGGGGCGCGAGCUGGAGAUUCAAUUUCGCAUGUCGAGGCCGUUGACGGACUUCAUGGCGACCCUGCACAAAAACGGCAUCGAGGAGAAGCGCCUGUCCAAGUACGUGACGCAUUCCAUCGCCGACGACGACGUGGUCACCUUCUCCAUAAGCUUCCCCGAGGAGGGCCAAUACGGCUUGGACGUCUACACCAGAGAGUCCACGACCUCGACAGCCGUGCAGCAUGACGUCACCGGCGAAAAGCAUCUGCUCACGCACUGCUGCAAAUAUCUCAUCAACUCCAGCAAGAGGAACUGAGAGGAGCUGUUCGUUGAGGCUUCUCUCGAGUAACUUUGCUCUUCCGCCUUAUUCGUCGAAAAUUUUUGCCGGUCGAACGAACGGCGAAUCGUUACUAUCAGGGCGCUCGUUAGGGAACGAAGUUGAGGAAUCGCGUUCCUCUCGAGAUCGUCGUCAGCGCUUUCAACGUCGGGACGUUGAAAUAUUCGUAGGACGAUGACGCGGAACGUUAUCGGGACGACGUUCGGAAGUUUUACGCCGACGAUUUCGAGAAUCGCAGGAUCGUCGUCGUCGCCGUUGUACCGCAAACUCGUCCUGUCCUCACGGCGCCUCUGUUCCCGGGUAAGCGCGAUCGGUCAUUACUCGCCGUCGACGUUGUGUCGUGAAUAGAAAUAUCGCGGAAGGCAGGCAGGCAGGCAGGCAGGCAGGCAGGCAGGCAGGCAGGAAGGAAGGGAGAAGAAAGGAAAUCGGCCGAAUGUAGCAAGUAGCGACGAAGACAAUGGCGAGAGAGGCGCUUCGCGUCAUUACUUAAGGACUACUUUUAGGUCGCGUGGAUUAGACCGGCGCGGCACGCAAUUUCGAGCUGACACGCUACCUCGAGUCUAACAAUAGGCUUACGACCUGGAGAUAACCGCUAAUGUAAAACUAACUGCGCGUUUCCCGUCGCGGAGGAGACACCUCUCUCUCUCUCUCUCUCUCUCUCUCUCUCUCUCUCUCUCUCGCUCGCUCUUCGCCUCUCGAAGGGCUCGCGGACUGUCGCGACAGAUAACGUCGCGCCCUCGUACACGAUCGCGAGGCUCGACGCAAUUUCUUUUUCAGGAACACACCAAGCCGGCAUAUCUUUCUUCAAGAUAUUUCGGAGAACGAUCGUCGUUGCUUGCAUAUUAUCCAGCAAGUGUUUUUCCAUGUAACGAUCCUUCCCCGCGGUCACGCUCUCCUUACGUAACGUAUCGACUAAAUUAUUGCGAUCCGCGAGAUCACGGCGUAACGAUUUCGUCAUGAAGCUUUACUUUCACCGAGAGAGACGUUUAUAUUUAUCGUUGACAAUAAUACCAGUACGUAGAAUCACACCUAUUAUUAUACAUUCUCGCGAUAAGACGCGGCAAACGUUCGUGUUAGGUCACAUGUGACGCAAGUGCGCGCGCGUGUGAAUCGUGAAUAUAUAUAUAUAUAUAUAAUAUAAAGAAAAGUAUAUAAUAUAUAUAUUUUUUUAUAUACGAAAGAUGCUUCUGUAUAUAAUGUACGUAUGCGAUCAAAAUACAGCCUGAAAAUAUCGUUAUCGGCAGAAUGAGCAUCGACUCAUAGUAAGCUAUAUUUAAGCUCGCGAGGACAAUCGAUCGAUUUGCUCGUGCUUUCCAUCCGCCCGCGAGAGAGAACUUUACAUAUUUGUAUCUUAUCUUUUACUUUGCGGUAAGGAUCGCGUGUCCGGACUGGAGAAUUCACGAGUCUUGAUUCGCGAAUAUCUGAAUGAAUUAAUAAUACGGGGAAAUGUCAUUUCAAAUUGCUGCAGUUGAAAUCGAGCGACCAAGGCUAAUUAAGAAUCAAUUAAACAUUGGAAAUUAGCAGGACAAAUUUAGGUCCGCUAAAAUCGUGAAACUCUACGUUCAUCGAUAAAUUAAAUCGCAAUCCUAAGAGGAAAGAUCAGCUUAAAAUAAUAAAAUAGAUUUAGUUAAUAAACGCGCCUAAAUAUCGAUCGAAAUUGGCACAUUUUCGAGUCGUAAAUGUCAAAGUGCAGGUGCUAUAUCUCAUAUUAUUUCUUUAUACUUAUUUGCACGAUCGAGUAGUAGUCAUACGAGUAUCUAGUAGUAGGAUAGUAUUCGCGUCAACGGCGAUGCGAGCACACAAAAAUGUUGUUUAU